AAGAUCCGGCCACUGUGGAGACACUACUACACGGGUACGCAAGGCCUCAUCUUCGUGGUGGACUGCGCAGACCGGGACCGCAUGGACGAAGCGAGACAAGAACUCCAUCGCAUCAUUAACGACAGGGAGAUGAGGGACGCUAUCAUCCUAGUGUUUGCCAAUAAGCAGGAUUUGCCUGAUGCUAUGAAGCCUCAUGAAAUCCAGGAGAAGCUAGGCCUAACCAGAAUCAGGGACCGCAACUGGUACGUCCAGCCAUGCUGCGCAACCACGGGUGACGGGCUGUAUGAGGGCCUUACGUGGCUCACCAGCAAUCACAAGUCAUGAUGCUUGGGCCGGGCUCCCAGCUCUUAGCUUCCAUAGUCAGCUCGGCAGACAGAGAUGGCUCCUCGGAUUGUGACGGAUGGACGGCCUACGAACUGAACUAGUGGUCAAGGGGGAAAAAAGGGGGGGAAGGGGUAGAGGUUCAAACUCAUUGAGGAUGACAGUGUGGUUUAGGAACUGGUGCCUCGCUAGAUUAGGCACAGGAAGGUGGCUGAAUGGCCCUGAUCAUGAGACCCAGUAAGGGCAUUGGCUUCCCUUGAUUGCAGUGGUGCCAGGCAUGUCAGGACCAAACAAGAGAAAAUUUUAGGCAUAAAAGUGUUGUUGAAAGUCCUGCAUGUCUGAAGCAGGAACUAAGUGUGUUGGACAUGCAAACAUAGGGUAUUUCUGGCCGUGAAAGUUGCAGCUCUCUCUCCUCAGCAGCUGCUGCUCCAAGGGAUGCCAUCUCCAGCUGUCAAGUGUGAAUAGGAGUAUCAUUAUAAAUAAACUAAAUAAUAUUUAA